AGCAGGCUCAGCUGAGCUAUAAAAAGGCAUACAAUGGGGGAGGGAGGGCUGUCGUACAGCAGGAACUGUGCAGACACCCGCACGGGGAUCCAGGGACAGCAGCCCCUUGCACUGGGAUCUAGAGCCACAGCGCGAAAGAGAGUUAAAGGAAAACACGCAAGAGACGCAACAUAAUGGCAGACAAAAUUAAAGACGCCAAGAUCAUCUUUGUUGUGGGUGGACCCGGCUCUGGAAAGGGCACCCAGUGUGAGAAGAUAGUCACAAAGUAUGGCUACACCCAUCUGUCAUCUGGGGAUCUGCUCCGUGCUGAGGUGGCUUCUGGCUCUGAGAGGGGCAAGACGCUCCAGGCCAUCAUGCAGAAGGGAGAACUUGUACCCCUGGACACAGUCUUAGACAUGAUUAAGGACGCCAUGAUUGCCAAGGCUGAUGUCUCCAAGGGCUUCCUUAUUGAUGGCUACCCCCGUGAGGUGAAGCAGGGAGAGGAGUUUGAGAAGAAGAUCGGCAAACCCUGCCUGCUGCUGUACGUCGAUGCGAAAGCAGAGACCAUGGUCCAGAGGCUGUUGAAACGCGGCGAGACCAGCGGCCGUUCUGAUGAUAAUGAGGAGACCAUCAAGAAGCGCCUGGACCUGUAUUACAAAGCAACCGAGCCAGUCAUCGCCUUUUAUGAGGGCCGUGGCAUUGUCAGGAAGGUCGACUCUGAGCUGCCAGUGGAUGAUGUCUUCGGCCAAGUCUCUAAGGCUAUUGAUGCACUGUAGUAAAACAACAUAACUAGAUGAGUCGUGUCUGGUUGUUGUUUUAUUUUUUAAUUUUCCUAAUGUCAGUUUUUAAUAAGGACUAAACAAUGCAUUUCCCACUUAUAAGAAUUGGAAGGUCAUUAAGGAUGAAAAAUGCCUUAAAUUGAAUCAUAAAGAAAGUUUUAAAGUCAAACAAGAAUCUAUUUAAAGCAGAAUCUGUACCUUUUUUUCCUUUUGAGAAAAUAUAUAUACAUAUUAUUUAUAAUAUAUAAGUCUCGCUUCCAUUCUGUGCUAAAUAUGUAUGUGGAUGUAUGUGCAAGUCAUACAUGCAGAAAGUGUCAACCGCGUCCCAACCACCACUCUGGGACGAAUGCACACUUUACACAAUUUUGAAUCUCUCCUUUUAAUGCCAUUUAGAGUCCAGAGUUCAUGAUUCCUUUACCUUUGUGCCAUUGAACAACAGCAGAGGUCACCCACUGUGGACAAAUUGGUGAAACUCUGCAUACGUGUACGUUCACAGAACUUUUUUAAAAUGACUUCAUUCAUUUCUAUUAAUUCAUUUACUACUAUAUUUAAAGCACAGAAAUGUUCUAUUUUUUUCAUCAUGAUGUACACAUGUAACAUGGGUGUCUAUAAGGUGGUAUAUGUAAAAACAAAAAGAAAAUUAAAGUAGCCAAUGAAUGACA